AUGAAGACUGGGCAAAUAGAAGGAAAGAGCAAGAAUUCCGCGAUAAAGAGUCAGAUCUCAUUAAAAAUGAAAUAUCGAGGAAAACGACCAAUAAAAGCAUCAAUAUUUCCUCAAUCAAAACUACUUUUUAUAAUACGUAUACAGGGUAAAAAUGACAUGCAUCCACACACAAGAAAACUGUUGUACUCUCUGAGAUUAAGGAGAAUGUUUACUGGUGUUUUUGUCAAGGCAAAUGAUAGAAUCAUGGAAAUUUUACAGAAAGUCGAGCCAUUUGUCACUUAUGGGUAUCCUAACCUGAAGAGUGUGAAUGAACUGAUAUACAAGAAGGGUUUGGCAAAAAUCAACAAACAAGUAUUUCCAUUGACAGAUAACAACAUCAUUGAACAGGCAAUGAGUGAACAUGGAAUUAUAUGCAUAGAAGACAUAGUGAAGGAGAUAGCAAAUGUGGGUCCACAUUUCAAGGAGGUGUGCAGUUUUUUGUGUCCAUUCAAUCUGAAUAAACCGGAGAAGGCGUUGCAUGGUAAGAAGAAGGUGUACAAGGAUGGCGGUGACUCUGGGAAUCGUGAAGAUCAAAUCAAUGAGUUGAUUAGUAAGAUGAAUUAA